AUGAAUCAGAAGCAUCUUCUUCGCUUUAUCAAGUCCAAGAUGAAAAGAAAUCCCGAUGAUGUGGUCAUUUUUAGAGAUGGCGCCGAGCUCACCCUCAAACAAGUUUUUGAAUCGUUGAAGCUCACGGCCUACGAUCUUUCAAUAGACACGCUAGACAUGCACGCUCAUCAAGAUUCAUUCCAUCGUUUCGAUAAAUUUAACCUCAAAUAUAAUCCGAUUGGAGAAUCACGAUUGAGGGAAAUAUUCCUCAAGACCGAUAACUAUAUCCAAGGUCAUUACUUGGCUGAACUGACGAAAGAGGUUAUGACUGAUUUGGAGCAGAGCAAGUAUCAGAAUUGCGAAUGGAGAUUAAGUAUCUAUGGGAGAGAGCUAGAUGAUUGGGACAAGCUAGCAAAAUGGGUCGUUGACAACAAAUUAUACUCACAUAACGUCAGAUGGCUUAUCCAAGUACCUCGCCUAUACGAUGUCUACAAAGCCAGCGGACAAGUGCAGUCUUUUGAAGACAUUCUUCGAAAUUUGUUCCAACCUCUAUUUGAGGUUACGAAGGAUCCGCAAUCGCAUCCGGAACUUCACGUCUUCCUACAACGCGUCAUCGGGUUUGACAGCGUAGACGAUGAAUCAAAAACAGAACGUCGUGUUUAUAAGAAAUUCCCGUAUCCACGAGUUUGGACCGACGCGCAGUCACCUCCUUACUCUUACUGGAUGUAUUACCUCUACGCCAACAUGGCUAGCCUCAAUAAUUGGCGUCAGAAACGUGGUUUUAAUACAUUUGUGUUACGACCGCACUCAGGCGAAGCCGGAGACACCGAUCAUUUGACUUCUGCAUACCUUACCAGCCAUUCCAUUUCGCAUGGCAUUUUGCUCAGAAAGGUUCCAGCAUUGCAGUACCUAUUCUACCUGAAGCAGAUCGGCAUAGCCAUGAGCCCGCUCAGCAACAAUGCGCUUUUCCUCGCUUAUGAGCGGAACCCUCUUCCGGAGUUCUUCAAAACGGGGCUCAAUGUCAGUCUUAGCACGGACGAUCCGCUUCAGUUCCAUUUCACGAAGGAACCGUUGUUGGAGGAAUACAGUGUUGCAGCUCAUAUCUACAAGAUGCCACAAAGCUCGUUAGCAGAGCUCGCCCGCAAUUCCGUUAUACAAAGUGGAUUUGAGAUGGAGGUCAAAAGGCACUGGCUCGGCAAUGAAUGGUAUCUUCAUGGAGCAGCUGGUAACGACAUCCAUAAGACCAACGUACCGAACAUACGGCUGAUAUACAGACAUCAGGCAUUGCUUGAAGAAUUGGAUUUAGUGUACGGUAGGACGCCAAAGUCGUCCACCACUCGCGGCAGGCAUGCGCUCGAAGGUCAUCAGCCCACUGCUGACACUCUAGCAGCUUUGGCUAUGGAGAAGCGUUAA